CCCUCUCACUCGGACCAAAAGUCUGCACGCCGGCGCCGGCGGCUCAGUGAUCGCUGGCAAGUCGUGACCGCAGUGGAGGCGAGAGCGAGAGGCUCGGAUCUGGGACUGAGAUAGACAGGCUGAUCGAGACGCGAGGUAGAUAUAGGCGAGAGGCGAGGUAGAUUUGGAUCUACUCAGAGCGGCAGACAGUCGAUAUGAGACCGGCGAUGGUGCGCUCGACGGUGUUGGUGCUGGUGAUUGGUGCCGUCUGUGGUGACCCCCGUACCAGGUACGGGUCCUCCACCUGGCAGCCGUCACAAUCCAUCAACUACCCGGGGGAUGAGUUCGACAGAUCCAACAGGCUCGAGGGGCUUCCGAUCUACAUGGCUGAGGCGUUGAGCAAAGCCAAAAACAUCCGCGACUUGGAGCGCUUGGUCGACCAGCCCAGCCGUCUCCGAUACGACGUUCAAACCAUGGCAAGAAACGCUGACACUGGUGGAUUGGCUACUCGCUUUGGUGGCGGAAAUCUGGACACAAAAUCGGGAAACCGUAACGGCCAAAUGGCGGUGGCGGCCGUCUGCAAGCCGGAGCUCACCACUGUCCCUAUCGCCGAGGAGAACAAGAAGAGCAACACCAUCUACUGGCCGUCGUGCACGCGCGUCGAGCGCUGCGGCGGCUGCUGCUCGCACGAGCUGCUCUCCUGCAAGCCCACCGCCACCAAGACCAUCCACGUGCAGGUGGUGAGCAUGGGGUACCAGGACGGCUCCAGCCGAAUGGGUUACACGGACACCAUCAUGGUACCCCUGGAGAUCCACACGGCCUGCGAGUGCGGCUGCAAGCUGACCGCCAACGACUGCAACCAGUUCCAGGAGUACGUCGAGAGCGAGUGUCGCUGCAAGUGCGUCAACAAGGACGACUACGUCAAGUGCUCGCAGAACAGCCAGAAACUCUGGGAGCCCAGCACAUGCCAGUGCAAGUGCAAGCAGCAGCGAGAGUGCAGCACCGGGCACUACUUCGAUCUCAACACCUGCUCAUGCACCGCACUGCCCUCGCGAGAAGCCCGACCCUUCGACCAGGGCACCCGUUUCUUCUCGUCCUUCCAUAACUUCUACAGCAGCGACCGCACGCCCAUUAGCGAUGUCCAGGAGGCCAGACACGCCAGGCCGACAGUUGCCCAAACCUCUCGGCCGACCGUGCGCGUGCGCGGGCCCCAGCGCAGCAGCCGGUACGACCAGCGGGCGCGAAGAGGGCAACAGCUCGGCUGAGCCGGCCCGCGCAGACCUACCCCAGACGGCGCCACGGCUGGGGCGACUUUGUCGAGACCGUCUACGCCGAGGAGCUGCCGCUGCGGCGCUUCUUUGACGCGGUGUACCCGGAGGAACGGGAGGACGACGGAGAGGAACGGGAGGACGAGGAGGAGGACAGGGACGAGUGGGACGACGACGACGACAGGCUGGAUUGGCAGGGACGCUCCGGGAGGCGGUAUUGAACUUCAGUGAUACUUGAAACGAUAUGUGGCGUGUGGCCUGAUGUCAUGUGACUAUGGUGUCUGUCAAUUGUAAGGUAGCCUGCGGUCACGUGACUUUGACGCCGGGUGAUUGUGAUGCUGCUGAAAGUACCUUGUGUAGCGCCAGGUGGCAGAGUGUCUGCUUAUUUGCCAAGCCUGACGAUAUAGAGUGUCUGGAACACCGUCGAGGACAUGCCGUGUGCGUCAAGUGUCGCCAGCUAGUGGCGGACGUUGAACUGCCGUCGGGGUCGAGAUAGUUGACCCAGAGGAGACGCAGUUGAUCUGUGUGUACCGUGUACAAGGACGGUUAGUCGUUCAUAGAGGGUCCUUAGACACUGGAUUCUCUAGCAAGCAGUGCGCCCGGCGAAGUGCCAGGCGCACUCGGCGGGAACCACCUGGGUUCCACUGAAUCCACCAGGGUGGCUAGAUGGUAGGCUUUUCGUGUGAUGAAAAAAAAAACAGACCGAAUGGGUCCCUCACAAGCGUUCGUAAUAUUGGUCCGCUGCAAGAGGAUGAAGCAAUUCCCGAAAGCUAAUAAAUAAACAGUUAUCAGUUAAUGAAACAGAUCUUAGCAAAUAUGAUCAUUUCCCGUUUAUUCUCGGCAAAGAUCCGGAUACGGAGCCUUUGCGAUUUAGCUUUGUUGUAUGCAUGUACUCGUAAUGCUUAUGUGAUGUUGAAAGUUUCUGAAAACGAGGGUUUGCAUGAUAGUUUAUUUGGUAAAGAUGUGAUGUAAAUAUAUGUACAGACGAC